CACUCUCUCUAACUAACAUCAUAGCCUCUCUGUCUCUCUCUCUAACAACAACCUUGAUUUCAACAAACAUCCACUUCUAGUUCUUAUCAGAAGCACCACCACCAAGCGCAUAGAUCAACUGGCUUAAGAUUAUUCUAACUUAAGCAGAGAUACCAGGUUAGAGUUUUUAUGAAUGUAAUAACGUUAAAUAUUUAGUUGAAAGAGCUGAGAGAGUUUUGCCGCUCAUAGUGAUCAUAUCCAACUCGAACAACAUUACCUCCGGGGAUAGAUAUAUCUAUGGUUUAAACAAAAAAGAAGCAACAUAGCCACCAUCCUACAAAAGUACUCAACUUUCUUCAUCAAUACUCUCUCUUACUUAACAGAGAUGAAAGUGAAAGCAUUGGGUGUCUUUAAAUCCAAGAUUUUCAAGCCAUGCAAAAAAAUAUUGCACUUUUUCAGAUUUAAACCCAAGAAACCAGUGCUUAUAAGAGCUCUUAAAUCCCGUUCUCACAAGUCCAAAUUCCAGAAGCCAAUGUCUUCUUUGUUAUCAGUCUUUCGUUCCCCAAAGAAAUCCAAAGACUUGGGCAUGUUACAAGGGCUCAAGAGUCCCUCCAACAUGCUUGAAACUCCAUUGUUUCCAUCACCACUUACGCCAGCUUUUGUAAAGGCUAGUGGUGGGACAGAGAAACGGGAAGGAUCGAGCCAAGAGGUGGAAGAUGCAUGCCGGAGUUUUGAGAACUAUUUGGUGGAGAUGAUUGUGGAAGAAGGAAAGACGAGGGACUUGAUGGACGUGGAAGAAUUUCUAUACUGCUGGAAGAACCUUAAGUGCCCUGUUUUCAUUGAUUUGGUUUGUAGAUUUUAUGGAGAGCUCUGCAAAGACUUGUUUUCUACAGAUAGUGAGGAAAGUGAAGGCCUAAGAACCCGGUGUGUUCCAAGUGAAGGCCUAAGAACCCGGUGUGAGAGUAAUAGUAUGUUUGGAUCAACUAUGUUUUUUCAGAAUCAAUUUUGAAAGUCGGAAGCUACUCACAGUACCUUCAUCCCAUAAUUCAUGACAUUACAUUUUGAAGGGAUAUUUAAUUUUUUUUUUCAUCUUCAAAUUGUUCAUCUUCAGAUUUAAGGAAAUAAUAACACGUUUCACUCAAAUGCCAACACUUUUAUCCAUAGCUUUGUCCUUCUCAUUAUGUAGAUCAAACUCCUGAUUUGGUUUAAGAUAUUGAAUUCAGAUUUUGCUAUUUCUGUCUUUCUGGCUACAUCAAAGAUUAGCAUUAAGGGUGAGCCCAGAUUAAGAGUUCUAGCAUGUACUUGGCAAUAUGAAAGCAUGUCACCAAACAUGAAUGUAGCAAUUGGCAUUUGUUUAAAUCUCAAAUUACUCUAUGCCACGCCCAUUGGAGUCCCAAAAAUGAUAGCAUUUUAACAACAAUGACAAAUUAUAAACCACAUACAUAAAUAACAGCUUCCUAUCACACUAUGUUUAAGUCCUACAUUGUCUAGAGAUGACUUAUAAAAUGGCAGGGCAAUCCUCGCAUCUGAGCUAGCUUUUGAGUUAGAGUUAGGCUCAAUCCGAAUUCUAAUAAAGUAUCAGAGCUUCUCCUAGAUCCAUUGUUGAGUUGUUACCCGUUGACUGACUUCCCUCGAAAUAUCCCAUGAUGGGGAUAGGGGCAUUGAAUUGACCCACCCGGUAGAUAUCUCAUGGUGAGGAUUUAGGCAUUCCCAUGGCGAGUGAUGACCUCCGCGCUUCAGAUGUUCAAUCUCGAGCGUGAGGGGUGUUAAGUCUCACAUUGUCUAGACUCUAGAGAUAUGGCUAAUAAAGUACUAAUAAAUAGCAGGACAGUUCUAACUCUAAGCUAGAUUUUGAG